CCCUGCCUCCCUCCUUCCCUCCCCUUCCGCAGCGCCGCGGCUCGGGGCGCCGCCGGAGCCGGGCCGCGAUGGGCAGCCGCGGGCAGCCUCCGGAGCCGCGCCGCCAGCCUCCGCCUCCAGAGCCGCGCCGGGGAGGCUGCCGCGGGGCCGCGGGGCGCUACGGCACCGCCGGGUAGCGGCCGGGCUCGCCGCCCUGCGCCCGGAGGCCAGCACAAUAGCCGGGAGGAGGAGGAGACAGGGAAAGGGGCAGGGGGAAAGGAGGAGAGAGAAAGAGAAAGCACAACACGGGGGCUGGCCGGGGGAGGACGGAGCGGAGGGCUGCCGAGAGCGGCUGCACAGAGCAGCGGGGCCGGGACGGCAGCGGCAGGAGUUCCUCUGCAUGGACCGUGAAAGAGACGCGUUGAGUUGACCCUGCCGGAGCUGUUUCUGCUUCUACAUGUGAGAUCCGGUUGCUUUAUUCUCUCCGGCUACCUCUCUCCAGCUUCCCUUCCUUAUUCUCCACUUAUUUACUCCUGUAUGCAAAAUGGUGGACCCUGUGGGGUUUGUGGAGGCUUGGAAAGCACAAUUUGCAGACUCUGAGCCUCCUAAGAUGGAGCUGAAAUCAGUGGGAGAUAUUGAACAGGAGCUGGAGAUGUGCAAAGCAUCUAUCCGGAGACUGGAGAUGGAGGUCAACAAGGAGAGGUUCCGCAUGAUUUACCUGCAGACUCUUCUGGCAAAGGAGAAAAAAAGCUAUGAUAGACAGAGAUGGGGUUUUAAACGUGUUUCUCAGUUGCCUGAAGGGGGUGCAGAGCAGCAGAUCCAGGACCUGCAUCAUCACCAGUCUGCUGACCAAGAUGAAUAUGAAAAAAGCAAGUCACACCACGGGGAGGAAAAGUUCAAACCCAGGAUACCUUCUCUGCGGAAGCUGUCUACCCAGAGUGACGGGUCAGACCUGUCGCCUUUGGACAGUCCCCAUCACGGGGAGGGAGAGCAGGACAGGUGUAAGUACUAUGGUGAAGAGAAACUGAAGAGAGUUGUAGAAGAUACGGAGACUCGCUGUGAUACAGAUGGAUCUCCUUCAAAACACAGAUCGGCUUCCACUCGCAGGCUAGUGGGAUCUGCUGAGAAGGAGGGAUCGUUUGAACCUAUUUCUAAGGACAGAGGGAACAGCACCAGUGUGGCAGCCCUAAGGUCUAACUUUGAGAGGAUUAAAAAGGGGAAUUCACAUCAUUCUGGAGAUAACAAGGAUGUUGUUGAAAAGCCCUUCUAUGUGAACAUGGAGUAUCAUCACGAGAAGGGUCUAGUGAAGGUCAACGAUAAAGACGUUUCUGAUAAAAUAAGCUCUCUUGGUAGCCAAGCCAUGCAAAUGGAACGCAAAAAGUCCUUACACUCCCUUCCUUCUACCGUGGUACCCAGCUUCAAUGAAUUCCAGAGGCCUGCUUACAGGGGAAGGUCCUCAGAGAGCAGUUUUGGCUAUGAUGGAGAAUACGAAGAUGCUGAACUGAACCCCAGGUUUCUCAAAGAUAAUCUGAUUAAUGCCAAUGGCAGCAACCGCUCACCUUGGCAGCCCAUGGACUUUCAGCCCUAUCAAAGUAUCUAUGUUGGUGGAAUGAUGGGGGAGGCAGAAGGGAAAGGACCCAUCCUGAGAAAUCAGAGUACGACUGACCAGGAAAAACACCUCACUUGGCCCAGGAGAUCUUAUUCCCCGAGGAGUUUUGAAGAUAUUGGAGGAGGAUAUACUCCUGAUUGUAGCUCUAAUGAGAACCUUACCUCCAGUGAGGAAGACUUCUCUUCAGGGCAGUCCAGCCACGUCUCCCCCAGCCCCACCACUUACCGCAUGUAUCGGGAUAAAAGUCGUUCUCCCUCCCAGAACUCUCAGCAGUCCUUUGACAGCAGCAGUCCACCGACCCCCCAGUCUCAAAAACGGCACCGGCAGCAGCAGGUCGUUGUGUCCGAGGCUACUAUUGUGGGUGUACGAAAAACAGGGCAGAUCUGGCCAAGUGACGGAGACUUGCCUUCUGGGAGAUGUCACCAGGACAGCUGCUUCCACGGGGAUGCAGAUGCUUCGUUCAGCGGCACACCACCUAGCUAUGCAUACGAUGCAGACCGUGCUGAAGAACAGAGGCGACAUCAUGAUAUGAUGCCCUAUAUUGAUGACUCGCCUUCAUCUUCACCUCAUCUCAGUUCCAAGAGCCGGGGCAGCCGAGACACCCUAUCUUCAGGGUCUCUGGAAUCUACAAAAUCAAGUGAGCCAGAUUUGGAGAAAGGCCUGGAGAUGAGAAAAUGGGUCCUGUCAGGAAUCCUGGCCAGUGAGGAAACCUACCUGAGCCACCUGGAGGCUCUGCUGCUGCCUAUGAAGCCUUUGAAAGCAGCUGCCACCACAUCUCAGCCUGUGCUGACUAGUCAGCAGAUUGAGACAAUAUUCUUCAAAGUGCCUGAGCUCUAUGAGAUCCACAAAGAAUUCUAUGAUGGGCUCUUUCCCCGAGUGCAGCAAUGGAGUCACCAGCAACGCGUAGGAGACCUCUUCCAAAAGCUGGCUAGCCAGCUGGGAGUGUACCGGGCCUUUGUGGAUAACUAUGAAGUUGCUAUGGAGACAGCAGAGAAAUGCUGCCAAGCCAAUGCUCAGUUUGCUGAAAUCUCUGAGAAUCUAAAGGCUAGAAGCACAAAGGAAUCUAAAGAUCAGACGACGAAAAAUUCCUUGGAAACUCUCCUAUACAAACCAGUGGAUCGAGUGACUCGCAGCACACUUGUCCUGCAUGAUUUGCUCAAGCACACUCCAGUGAGCCACCCUGAUCAUCCACUCCUGCAGGAUGCCCUGCGGAUCUCGCAGAACUUCCUUUCCAGCAUCAAUGAAGAGAUCACUCCUCGACGGCAGUCCAUGACUGUAAAGAAGGGGGAGCACCGGCAGCUCUUGAAGGACAGCUUCAUGGUGGAGCUAGUUGAGGGGGCUCGCAAACUACGUCAUGUCUUUCUUUUUACUGAUCUAUUCCUGUGUGCCAAGCUCAAGAAGCAGAUUGGAGGAAAAAGCCAGCAGUAUGACUGUAAAUGGUACAUCCCACUCACGGACCUUAGUUUCCAAAUGGUGGAUGAGUCUGAGGCAGUGCCCAACAUCCCACUGGUACCUGAUGAGGAGCUGGAUGCCAUGAAGAUCAAGAUAUCCCAGAUCAAGAAUGACAUCCAGCGUGAAAAGAGAGCCAAUAAGGGCAGCAAGGUCAUUGAGAGGUUGAAAAAGAAGCUCUCAGAGCAGGAAUCACUCCUACUGCUGAUGUCUCCCAACAUGGCCUUCCGGGUACACAAUCGCAAUGGCAAGAGUUACACGUUCCUAAUUUCAUCGGACUACGAAAGGGCAGAGUGGAGAGAGAACAUCCGGGAACAGCAGAAGAAAUGCUUUAAAAGCUUCUCACUCACAUCAGUGGAGCUUCAAAUGUUGACCAACUCCUGUGUGAAACUUCAGACAGUCCACAACAUUCCCCUCACUAUCAACAAGGAAGAUGAUGAAUCCCCAGGUCUCUAUGGAUUCCUGAAUGUCAUUGUCCACUCUGCCACAGGAUUCAAACAAAGUUCAAAUUUGUACUGCACAUUAGAGGUGGAUUCUUUUGGGUAUUUCGUGAACAAGGCUAAAACUAGAGUUUACAGAGACACCACGGAGCCCAACUGGAACGAGGAGUUUGAAAUUGAGCUGGAAGGCUCACAGACUCUGCGGAUUCUGUGCUAUGAAAAGUGCUACAACAAAAUGAAGCUCACCAAAGAGGACGGAGAGAGCACAGAUCGCAUAAUGGGGAAAGGACAGAUCCAGCUGGACCCACAGGCAUUGCAGGACAAAGACUGGCAGCGCACAGUCAUCUCAAUGAAUGGAGUUGAAGUGAAGCUGUCAGUGAAGUUUACCAGUCGGGAGUUUAGCCUGAAAAGGAUGCCGUCACGGAAACAGACGGGGGUCUUUGGGGUCAAGAUCGCUAUUGUCACCAAGAGAGAGAGAUCAAAGGUGCCUUACAUAGUGCGCCAGUGUGUGGAGGAGAUAGAGCGACGUGGGAUGGAGGAGGUGGGCAUCUACCGUGUCUCUGGGGUUGCAACCGAUAUCCAGGCUCUGAAAGCUGCCUUUGAUGUCAAUAACAAGGAUGUGUCAGUGAUGAUGAGCGAGAUGGAUGUUAAUGCCAUUGCAGGCACGUUGAAACUGUACUUCCGAGAACUACCUGAACCACUCUUUACCGAUGAACUGUACCCCAACUUUGCAGAGGGCAUUGCACUUUCAGAUCCUGUUGCAAAAGAAAGCUGCAUGUUGAAUCUAUUGUUAUCACUUCCAGAACCCAACCUUGUGACAUUCCUUUUCCUUUUGGACCAUUUAAAAAGGGUUGCUGAGAGGGAAAGUAUCAACAAGAUGUCCCUGCAUAAUCUUGCAACUGUCUUUGGACCAACACUGCUCAGGCCUUCAGAGAAGGACAGCAAAAUCCCUGCUAACCCAACCCAGCCUAUAACAAUGACUGAUAGUUGGUCACUAGAAGUCAUGUCCCAGGUUCAAGUCCUUCUGUACUUCCUGCAGCUAGAGACCAUUCCUACCCCAGACAGCAAGAGACAAAGCAUUCUCUUUUCCACAGAGGUGUAAACGCCUGUGAUACCAACAGGACUCAAGAAACUGCUCUUGGAAUAAAUCUGCCUCUCCAGAGAAAAAGAAGACUGGUGUUUCUUCAGACAUUUCUGGCCUGUUCCUGUCCUGGGGAAUUCUGGCCCUCAGCGCUUCUGUUGUUUGUUAACCAGAGACAAGCUGAAGAGAAAGGAGAAAGAACUCUACUUUUGAUCAGUAGAACCAGAAAGAAUUGAACUGGAGAUGGAGCUGUGCAGAAUCUCCACUAGAAGGAGCAAUAGACACUUGGACAAAUGCACCACAGAGUGUGGCUGUUAUUCUUGUUGGGAAUGUGACAGAAGGUAUUCCUCAUUUUAUGGAUUUAUCAUAAAGAAACUUCAAGAUUUCUACUGGACCACUUGAUAGGAUACCCUUUUUUGGGUGAGGGGGAGUUAAAAGAUCUAUCACAACUGUGUCUUUAAUAACUGCUGUUUUUAAAGUACUGUUCUAGGCCACAAAAAUAGCGUUGCUUUGCAAGAAGAGGAGAGAAGGGAAGGGUCUGGGAUCUGAGACUCCCUCCUCAUAAAUUCAAGUCUUGAUUUGAACAGGGUUCUAAAGAAAUGGAACAGUUUUGCAUACAACUAGAACUUUUUUUUUUUUUUUUUGUCUCACCCUCCCCUUCCCCUGCAAAUAUUUAUACAAACUCUAGGGAAGGAGAUGCCCUGCUCUCACCUACGUUGCACUUCAGAUGUUUGGAUGGGGGGGGGGCUAAGGGACCCAGACCCAACGAUGUUACAAGAUAAAUAAAUACAGCAAAUUAAAGAGAGGCAGGGAGGAUUUGAGUCGGUGCUUUGUGAUUGUGUUGUUUGCUUGCAUAUAAAAGCAGGAGCAAUACUAUCCAGAGAGGAUUGCUGAAUUCCUUAGACCCUGCCAAACUUAAUGAAAAUUAAUUGAGAAGGCUGUUAAUUUCCAACACUCCAAAGAAAUGAUGUUAUCACUGCAAAAAUAAUUAAAACAUUUCUGGACAAAACAAAUUAUUAGUGGCUAUCAGGUUGGCUGGCUGCUUACUCCAAACUUCUAUCAUAACAGAUUUUUGUUUGUUUGUUUUGAUACUUGAAUUUUUGGAGGCUUUGUACAUUGCUUCUACAAGAGUCUUUUUCUGAUAGAGAUAAAUACUUUGAUAAAAUAUGUCAGAAUGUACUUUAUGGACAACCUAGCCAGUAGCAUGCAUGUGUAUUCUUCAGAAACUUCAACCCUGUUUUAAAUAAGAGCAGUGAAGAAAUUUCUGUGGAACUACAUACAGCAGUACAAAAGGUCUAGCUAAAUACUAGCUUUGUGUUUUCCUCCCUAACUUGGUCUAAGCCACGGGGGUUACAUAGGCGUAAAGGGCAGCAGUAUUUGUCUAGGGAACUGAAAGCAUCAUCUAAUUGCUUAAUCCAGAGCAAAGUAUUCUGGCUACGAAGCAGUUGUGCCAAACAUCUUGGGGGAGGUGGGAAUUAUUCCAUUUUCAUAACGUACUCCAGCCCCCUUUACUUCCUACCCGGUUAUGCAGCAUCCAGUUAGAGGCAACCAUCCAUCAUCCUGGCAAGAAGAAAAGUGCAGCUCAAAGAUGAGGGAAGGAAUCAGCAAGGGAAGAAGGAGGGAGGGAUGGGUUUUGAAAGAAGGAAUUGGUAUAGUUAGGUUGUCAACAUCAUUUGAGCGGAAAUACCAUGAAGAAAGCAACCCUCCUUAUGCUGAGUUUCACGUUUUCUGAUGAGUAAUCUGCAAUCUCUCAAUUAGAAAAACAAAACCCCAAACAAACGAAAACAACAACAAAAAAAAUGACAACAGAGUCUCAAACAAAUGGAAAGAAAACAAUAAUGGAAGGGAAAUGGUUUUGUAGUCAAUGUAAUUCUGACUGCUGCAUAAUAUUAGAAACUAUUGUACUGUGAAGUUACAAAUUGAAAAAGGAACAAAUAGAAAUUCCAAUUUUGUGAGUAUAUCAACAUUUUGCAUGCUUUGUAAGGAUCCUUAUAGGAAUUUAAUAUUGCUUAGUAUCCCUUCUUAGGUCUGGGAGCAAACUUCUUUGUAAUGUAAUGUACAACUAGAAAUUCCUUCUCUAUUGUAUGUAUUUCCACUACAUUCCAACUUCUGAACCCAGAAAACAGAAAAAAUGUUUAUAGUAGGAGGUGCUUUUUGGGGGAGGGAGGGAAUGAAGGCAAGGAAACUUGAAGGCUUAAUUUUUUUUAUAUUUAUUUUUUUUGCCUUUUUGAAGGUAAAAAUUGGUCACAAUCUUGCAAAAUUUUGACUUAAGAAAAGUCAUGCAGACCAGGAAACCACGCUCUGUGGUUUGGGUUUUAUGUAUUUGUUCUCAUUUUACAUAGCAGUUCUGUAACAAUCCUUUGACUGCUAGCUGCAUACCUACCCAUUCCAAGCUGUUGUUUGGUAUAUUUGACGCAGUAGCACUGUUGUUGACUUCGUUAAAAAGAAAAAAUAGAAAUAAAAAUUAAAAAACACAAACAAAAAACAACGAACUACACCAGGUGGUUGGGUGAUAGCCUUUUCCUUUUGGUGUUUAGAAUUUGUGGCUGCUCUUUGCAGUGUUGAAACUGGAAAGCAAUACCAUAAUGACUGUGCCAAUUUACUUUUGCCCAACUUUUUUUAUUUUUAUUUAUAUAGGAAGUUAAUUUUAAUAUUAAAUUACUGAUCUAUAGUAAGUAACCAGGAGAAAAUAGCUUUCGCUUUGGUUACUGUUACAGGUUGUUGCUUUUAGUCUCUCAUUACAAUGCUCAGUUCUAAUGUAACAUUAUCUAACAUGCAGGCAUGUGGAUCAGGGAAAAAAAAGUUAAUUUAACUUAUCCCAUUAAUUAUUUCUGUUAAGUAUGAAUAUGUUUUCCCCAAAGCUGGUAAUUUUGGGCUGGAAAAGGUAGCACAUCUUACUGCUAAUGAUGGAAUCGUGGACUGAUUUGAAAUACGAGAAUUGAUUUCUUGAAUUUCCUUUAAUUUUGCAAUCAAGCUUUUUCAAAUAGACUUAUGUUUUCAGAAAUCAAGAAUCUCCAAAAGGCUUUUCUUUUCCCAGGGAUGUUGUGGGUGUGCUUUUUUUUUGAACUUUGUUGUGUUUUUAAUAAGCCUUAUCAUAUUUAAUCAUAAAGGGACUUGCAAAACUUGGCUUUAGAGAAGGCCUUCUGAUUUCUUUGCUUAUGUAUUUGCUUGUGAGUUGUGUCAGAAAACCUAACUCUUCCAUUUUCUGCAUUAAAAGGUACAAUAUAAACAACAUAUGAGCAAACUAGCAAAACAUUACCCUUUAAAUGUGCACUGGAAGUUUAUAUUCGCUCUGAUUCUAGUGUAUUGGAGAGACCUUUCUAAAAAUGUAGCUUUCAGCUACAUCAAUGUGAAACAUUAAAACCUUCAACAGAAAAAUUUCAGGUGAUUAGGAUAGGCUGUGUAUCUCCUGUUUAAGGAGAGGAGUAAACAUCCAUUUCCUGGCGUUUAGAAACUAUUUUAAAAUUCUCAUGAAUUUUUUUAACACUGAAUAGGUUUUUAAAUUAAAAAGAAAAAAAAGUAAAAAAGCAAACUAAGGGAAAGAGUUUUAAAGAUGGUCAAGAACUAACAAUUACUAGGUCAGUCUCAGCUUUGUGUGUUGUGUGUGCUUUUUAUGGGAGGAGAGUGUCUGAAACCAAAUCUAAACACAUCCAUUGAAAUGCUGCUGGUGUUCUUUAUUCUUGCACAAUUUUAACAAGUUGAGGUAGUAGCUAAGCUAUUUCAGGCUGUAUUUUAAUGCUGCUAUUUUUUAAUGUAUCAGCUAAGGGCGAAAUACAGCAGUGCGUUCACUAUAUUUGCUGAUGCCCACUGCCUGCCUUGAUUGUGACUUUCACUUGCUAAUCGAAGGCAAUCAGCAUGCACCCUAUGAAGCAAAACUGCAACAUUUUUUGUUGGCCACUAGGUGGUGGAACCACAGAGUAUGUUUAUGGGAGAUGCAGUAUUUUUACAGUUUAUUCAUUUUACCUGUUUAAAAAUGUGUUUUACAGUUGUUUAUGUUAGUUUUCUAUGAGUUUAUUUAAACAAGUGUACUGUUCUGUAAAGCAUACAUGGAUUUCCAAAUUUGCUUGUCACCCCUGUAACACUGGAAGGCAUGACAACGUGUUCUUUAUCUUAAUGUGCCAUUCUUUCAAGUAUGUAUAAAAUGUAAAUUGACCAACAUGGCUUUUAAAGAUACUUAAAAUAUGAUGGGAAAAAAACAACAAACCAACCCUCUCUGGUUCCUCACUUGUUAAUCCUUCCUUUUGUUUCAGUGCUUGUUGAUCUACUGAGGCAACAUUGUAAGUUGUGGUAUUGUUGUUAUGAAAAUUUUAGAAAGAAAUGGAAAAUGUUGUACGAACAGCCUCUUCCCAUUCCCUUUUGACUUUAUUUCAAGAAUACAGGGACUUGCAGUAACAGAAGAUUCAUACAUUCAUGCUAGAUUUAAGGGAUUUGCUUCAUUCGAAGAAAAAUCUGAAAAGACAAGUAGAUGUGACCAGACAAAUCAAAUUUUUGGUGUAGUUACUAAGUCAGAAACUUGUGCAUUCCCUUUUAAAUUUGUAGUCCAGGUAUGUUUUUAUUUGUAAGCUUUGCUAACAUUCUGAUAGUACUGUAGUCUGAAAAAUAAAUCUGAUACUGUCCACUCCCUUUAACGUAGGGUUUGUGCAACUGAGAUGCUGGAGCUUUCAAAUGAGUAUUAGCAAUUCUCCAUUCUGAACUAGAAUGAAAUGAAUGUUUGGAAUUAAGUACGUGCAUCAUCCUUAAAAUCAACAGAAGCUCUAAAUGAAGCACAGUUAAUAAUUAUUCUUUAACAAAGUUUUAAGGAAGAAAAAUAACACAAUUGGAAAA